AACACCCUUAUUCUUGUUUUCGUACGAAUAGAAAACGUUCGAAAGUAUGCCUCAUUCGUAUCCUUGGUUUCGUACGAAAGAAAUCUAUCCAUUCGAACUUUCGAACAUCGUUCGUUCGAACGAAUUGUCCUAUCCUUGUUUUCGUACGAAAGUGUUUUUUCGCCUGUCAGUCAAACGUUAAUGUUGGGUUGCGAAUCAGACGAAGCGUAGAAGAAAAUUCAAUCGAUGUUUACGUUUUUGUGGUUUAUUCAGGUGAUGUGGUAUGUAAAAGUUCAUUUUCUUUUAUGUUUAAUUCUGAAAUUCUAUGUGAUGUGCUUUAAUGUUUAUUUGAAUUACAGUGAAAAAUUGCUGUAGAAGCAGAAAGAAAGACAUUUCCAAUAGAAUAUUUCAACUCUAAAACCUAGACGAAACAGAACCUGGAUAGAACAAUGUCGAAACCAUCGAAAUCCAAAAGCACAAACAAGGAUCAAUACAGCCGACUGGUUGAUCUCUUGGAAGAGCAGCCGGAUAUCGCGAAGGGUUUCGCGAAAUGCAAUGCUUCUCCCUACUGGAAUUCUGUGGCAGCCGAGUUGAACAGUCUUGGGCCACCAACUAAAGAUUCAACUGCGUGGAAAAAGGUCUGGUUCGAUUGGAAAUCGAACACGAAACGCAAGCUAGCCCACAACCGUCGCGAGCAAUUUGCUACAGGUGGGGGUCCUAGUAAGUUUAUUGAACUUACUGCGCUGGAGGAACGAGUUGUUGUUCUUGCAGGACUUGCUCCAGCAGUUGAGGGCAUAGCCGACACUUGCAGUUUCGGGCUAGAACCUAGCGCAAAUCAAUCAAUUCAUGACAGUGGGGAAUCUGCGUCGAUUGAAGAUAAUCGAAUUCCGGAGGAUAGAGCCAAUGAGAAUAAUGAGACGCAUACAUCGAAGAAGAGGAGGACAUCAAUGCACACAUUGCUGGAGACACAAGUGCAAAACCAAGCAACGUUUCAUGACUCGGUCACCAAUAUUCUAAAAUGCUUUGAAAAAAAAACUGCUGAUUUGGUUCAUUAUAACAGACAGAUUUCGAAACAGUUAGAGAACAUAAACGAAACUAUCAACAAUGUGCUGAUGGAAAAUCAGAGGCACAAUCUGGAAUUAGAGAGAAUUAAUCUGGAAAAACUGAAAAUUAAAAAAAGGAUUCUUGAGAUGGAAUUAAGCCGUCUACAAUAGACAUUUCGAUUUUAAAACAAAUGUGAAUGUAAUGUAAUGUGAAUGCUAAGCUAUGUUGUAAUUUAAUGACAUGAAUUUUAAAAGUAUAUAUUGUAAUGUGAAUAUAUUACAUUUUCGAAUGUAAUAGUUAAAAACUACUCGAAAAAUUAGAAGUGCGAUAUCGAAAAUUUAAAUAAGGUUGUACCUUCGUGAGAAAUUAUCACAUGCAAAUAAAAAAUACAUAAUUUCAAAACUACAUUUAUGUAAGGUCUACUUAUUGCUUUGAUAAAUAUAAAAUUCGAACACCAAUCUUUCAGAGUACCAAAAAUCGAUUCUUUGUAGUGUCUUAUAAAAUAUACAAGUACUAGUGUUUGUUAUAAUUUUUAAUAAGAUGCUGAAGAUUUCAUUUUGAUUCGUGUCGCCGUUAUGGUUUUCUGAUUGUUCAAAGCUUUGAUAGCAUUAGUGACGAACCUGAUCGAGUUAAAACUACACAGUUCGAUUGACAAACUAAGAAUCAUUUUUAUUUCCUGUCUGAGCUAUAAAGAUACAGUUCACUUUUCAAUGCUACUUAUAUUAAACAAAGUGGCCUAUUGUCCUAGAUCGGUCAAGUCAAUGAACAACAACACACGUUAAAUAAGUAAUGCUAACAUCAACAUGUGAGAUAUCACGUCACUGACUAGGUGGUAGUUGGUGACUCGGUGCAUGUUUGUGGUCCAACUUGUUAAUGUUUUCAACAUGUGAUACGUUAUGGCGCUGGUACAAGAAUGUAGGUGGUCAGGAUCGUUGCUACUGUUGUUUAAGUUCUACCUGAGUAUUCGUAUAGAAAAUGAAAACAGAAAAACAUUGUAUUUGGAUCAAAUAUUGUUUUUGGUGGGUGCCGCGUUUGCUGACAAAAACAGCGGCGAGUUGAUGAUUCAAUAGUCGGUUUGGCAUUGUUGAAGCGAAAUUGAGUUGACUUCGUUCUACGUUUUGUGACAAUGGAUGAAACGUGGAUCCAAUCCCACACUCCUGAGUCCAAUAGGCAGUCUGCAGAGUGGUUGAGAAAUUUAUUUAUAUAUCCCAUACUAUAAUGCCGGGUGUUCGGGUUCGAUUCCCGUUCUGGCCGGGGGAUUUUUCGUCAAAGAAAAUUCUUCCGGUUUGCUGUGGUCACGCGUAUUCUAGAGCUUGCCACUCCAGAGUACAUUCAAGGCGUGUUAUUCGGCAUAGAAAUCUCAACCAAGUAUUAAUGAAUGACCCUAGUUAAUGCAUACGUUGAGACGGCAAAAGUUCCACAGCGAACGUUAACGCCAUUCAAGAAUAUCAUAAAACCGAUGUUUGUUUUAUCGAAUUACGAUUUAGUCAUAUCAUGAUAAAUAAAAUCGGGUUUUCCCAUUUUAUACAAUUUUAGAUAUAUACGAUGUAUAAUUUAAUCCACGUUACAAACGAGUGUGAUUUAAUCCAACUUUAUAUACAACUUAGAAUAUGCAAGUUAUACGAUUUGAAUCAGUUCUCAAGACAAAUAAUGGAUACUGUUAUGCUGCAAUGAUGGAAAACUAUAGAAUUUACCUCAACUUGAAUAAAUCAUGCGUUUUUCGAUGUAAUAUUUCACGAUAAUAAAUAUAAUUGAAUGUGUUUUAAACUAUACUAUGUAAAUUAAUGUUUUCGUCAGUGAAGGAAAUAUUUAUUUGUAAAUAUUUAACAUAUAUAUGAAGGGUAUAUAAAAUCUAGAAUAUAGGAAUUCGACACUUUAAAACAUCUAUUCAGUUGACUGAACCUCAUCAUUGUCGUUCUUAAAAUAUAAACAUAUAUUGUGCAGGGCACAGCAAAC